GAAGAAGAAGAACCGGAAACUCUACCUACAGCAGUGAUGGCUUCCACAGGGACCCGAGCGGCCGUCAGUGCUGCUAAAGUCGUUAAACCGAUCCUCAGCCGGGACCUGGACGAAGCAAAGCGCAGGGUCCGGGAGCUGUACCGAGCCUGGUACCGAGAGGUCCCGAACACAGUGGCGAUGUUUCAGCUGGACAUCUCAGCGCGUCAGGGAAGAGACAAAGUGAGGGAGCUGUUUGACAAAAACAAGCACAUCACUGACCCGCGUGUGAUCGACAUGUUAGUCAUUAAGGGGAAAAUGGAACUGGAGGAAACAAUCCACAUCUGGAAGCAGAAGACGCACAUUAUGCGCUAUUUUCACCAGACUGAGGAGCCUCGGGCCACUGACUUCCUCGGCAAAUUCUACACGGGCCACGAACCCUGAACUGUGUAGCUGCCCGCUGACCUCUGACCCCUCUUUGCUUGUCUCCAGUGUGACAGAUGUUCCCCUUUACUGUAAAUACACACUUAAUACUCACA